AUGUUCCUUUACAAACUCCUCAGCUUUUUCUUUGUAGCUUCCAAAAAGGAGGACGACUCUAAACAUGACUUGUCCCUUUACAAGCGUGGGGAUUUAUUAGAAGUCCCCAGGACGUUAUUCACACAUUUUGGCAUCUACUUGGGGGACAAUCGCGUGGCUCAUCUCAUCCCGGACUUCCUUCCAGUAAUUUCCAAGAAUAAAUCUGCCAUUGCCAAGAUGGUAACAAAUAAUCGUCUUCUGCUGGGGGUUAUCACUAAGGUUGCCAGCAUCAGAGUGGACUCUGUGGCGGACUUUGCUUACGGCUCAGAGAUUCUGAUUAACCACAUGGACAAGGUGUGCAGCCAGCCUCCUCUGGACGGGGACGAGGUGGCCAGAAGAGCUGAGAAACUCCUGGGCUCUGUCACCUACAGCUUACUGUGGUACAACUGUGAACACUAUGUCAUGUACUGCAGAUAUGGCAUGGCCAUCAGCUACCAGACAUACCAGGUAGAGUCUCUGGCCUGCU